CGAUUGUGUGCACAGCCGACGUGUUUGCAGGAUCCGAGCGGGGACUGUAAGCGCCUUGGGGCAGGAACUGGCUUUAUUUGUGGCUUGUGAUCAUGGAGCUUGUAGGUGAGACGUAAGGUAUUGUUAGUAGUAGUAAAGCCUGGCCAUUGUUCUCCCUCUCUGACACGUGCUUCUGUGCCUCCUUUCGGGGCUGCCUGAGCUUGGUGUCUCUUCUGAGGUCACAACCUCCCUUUGCUGCCUUCCUCCCCAGGCCCGUCACCCAGCAGAGCUGCACGGCGAGCUGUGGCUUAGUUCCUGCGGCUUAGCUCUUGUGUUCCCAGGCGCAGUCUGAGAUAAACACAUUUCCUCAGUGCACUGUUGUGUCUGCAUCUCCCAGCUCCGCUUCCUCCUUCCUGACGCGUUCGCCUUGGAAACUCUCCUCCUGCUCCUUGCGGCUCCCACUUGGUGCACCGGAUCAAACGGAGCAGGAAAGACCCUGUCCCUGUGGUUUCCUUCAUGAGUGGGUGAGUGCUGGGCUCUUCCUCAGGGCUGGAGACAGAAUAGUGGCAGCUCUCCUCCCUGUCGCUGCUGCCUCUGCCACGUUUGUGUAACAAUACAAACUGUAAACCAAGCUGACUAAGAGGCUGAUACUGCCUUAUUCCCUGCAAAGCCUCCGCUGAGGGAGGCCCUGUGGGAAAGGGACAGCGAUUAGAGAAACUCAGGGCACAGAACUGAGUCCCCGAAACAGCUUUGAAAAAACUCUCUCUGCUGGCUUCGAAAAACCCACCAAAUGAUCUCAGUGCUACGGGGGCGCUUCGCAGGGGAGCUGCGGCCUCCUGGAGCUUGGAGCGCCUUCUGGAAAAGAUGAUCGGACUCUAACAGAGGACAAGGUUCUGUGCUGCCAAAACCCCACCUGCAUUGACCAGAGGAGGGCUCUCAAGGUAUGUCACCAUGCCGAGUGCCAGCAGCUGAACCACAGCAAUCCCUUGAACCUGUGUGAGGCCUGUGACCACAAGUUCCACGGCACCAUGCACUUCGACGGGCACAUCCGCUUCGACCUGCCACCCCAAGGUUCCAUUCUGGCCCGGAACGUAUCCACGCGUUCAUGCCCCCCACGCACCAGCCCUGCCUCCGACAUGGAGGAGGAGGACGAAGGGCUAAUGGAUGGGAGAGGGGACAAGAAGAGCUCGGCGCUGAAGCUCCCCAAGAAGAAAGCCCGGCGCAGACACACGGAUGACCCUAGUAAAGAGUGCUUCACCCUGAAGUUCGACUUGAACGUGGACAUAGAAACGGAGAUCGUCCCGGCCAUGAAGAAGAAGUCCCUGGGGGAGGUGCUGCUGCCGGUGUUCGAGAGGAAAGGGAUCGAGCUGGCGAAGGUGGAUAUUUAUCUGGAUCAGUCCAACACGCCUCUGUCACUCAGCUUCGAAGCGUACCGCUUCGGGGGACACUACCUGAGGGUGAAAGCCAAACCCGGCGAUGAGCUCAAGGUGGAGCAGGCCGUGAAAGACUUCAAAUCGCUGAGUCUACCCAUCAUGCGGUCCUCAGGCUCUGCCUCCACCUUCCUCUUCACUCCCACCGGGGAGAGACCGGACCAGCCGCCCUUCCGCCGGGAGAGCAUGGACAUCCUGGCCCCGGGGCGGAAGCGGAAGAACAUGAACGAGUUUCUGGGCGAUUCCAGCAUCCCAGGCCAGGACCCGCUGCAGCACUUCAGCUGCUCCCUGCCCAGCAACGGCAUCGAUACGUGGAAGAAUCGGGCCGCCAGUCGCUUCAGUGGCUUCUUUGGCUCCGGCGCUAGCCCCGGCCCCUUCGGACGGGAGCUGGACAAGAUGGAGCAGCUGGAGAGCAAGCUACACAGCUAUGGCAUCUUCGGCCUCCCCAAGCUCCCCCAGCAGCUGCGCUUCGACCAGGACUCCUGGGAGGAAGAGGAGGAUGACGCCAGCCUGUGCCUGGAAGACAGCUGGCAGGAGAUCACCGAGGGCACGGAGGCCCUGACGCGCCGGCAGUGCCACCAGCAGGAGGCCAUCUGGGAGCUGCUGCACACAGAAGCCACCUACAUCCGGAAGCUGAAAGUGAUCACAGACCUCUUCCUCUGCUGCCUGCUGAACCUGCAGGAGUCGGGGCUGCUGUGUGAGGUGGAAGCUGAGCGUCUGUUCAGCAACAUCCAGGAGAUUAUCCAGCUGCACCGGGCCUUGUGGAGCAGCGUCAUGGCCCCCGUCCUGGAGAAGGCCAGGAAGACCAAGGCGUUGCUGGACCCUGUGGACUUCCUAAAGGCAUUCAAAAUGUUUGGCUCCCUCUUCAAGCCCUACGUCCAGUACUGCAUGGAGGAGGAGGGCUGCAUGGAGUACAUGCGCACGCUGCUGCGGGACAACGACCUCUUCCGGCUCUACGUGACGUGGGCAGAGAAGCACAAGCAGUGCAACCGCCUGAAGCUCAGCGACAUGCUGGUGAAGCCGCACCAGCGCCUCACCAAGUACCCGCUGCUGCUCAAGUCGGUGCUGAAGAAAACGGACGACCCUUGCACCCGGGACGCCAUCGUCACCAUGAUCAAUUCCGUGGAGCGGUUUAUCAACCAUGUGAACUCGCGGAUGCGCCAGCGGCAGGAGCAGCAGAGGCUGGUGGCCAUCCUCAGCCGGAUUGACUCCUACGAAGUGGUGGACAGCAGCACGGAGGAGGUGGAUAAGCUCCUGAAGGAGUUCCUGCACCUGGACCUGACGGCCCCCAUCCCAGGCACCUCCCCUGAGGACACGCGGCAGCUCCUCCUGGAGGGGAGCUUGAAAAUGAAGGAAGGUAAAGACAGCAAGAUGGACGUUUACUGCUUCCUCUUCACGGACCUGUUCCUCAUCACCAAGCCGGUGAAGAAGGCCGAGCGCACCAAGGUCAUCCGGCAGCCCCUGCUUGUGGACAAGAUCAUCUGCCGGGAGCUCAAGGACCCCGGCUCCUUCCUCCUGAUCUAUCUCAACGAGCUUCGCAGCGCCGUGGGAGCCUACACCUUCCAGGCCAGCGGGCAGUCCCUGUGCCGCGGCUGGAUCGAGGCACUGUACAAUGCACAGAACCUCCUGCAGCGGCUGCGUCUCCAGGAGCGGCAGCGUAGCCAGCGGCAGCAUCUGCAGAGCCUGGAGGAGGGAGAGGAUGGGGAGAGCGGGGCCUCGGCAGCCAGCUCGCCCACCAUCCUGCGCAGGAGCAGCAACAGUCUGGACUCCCAGCAAUGCCCCUCCGAUGGCUCCACGGAGACUAUCUCGGUGGUGGUGGUGGAUGCCAGCGAGGAGCUCUCCUUCCCGGACUUGGAAGUGGGGCCAUUCAGCUCGCAGUCGGACGAGACCUCCAUCAGCACUACCGCUUCGUCCACCACCCCCACCCGGGAGCUGCUGGAGGGGGGCGGGGAGCUUGCAGAGACACACACCCCCCCCAGCUCCAAUUGCCUGACGCUGGAUUCCAGCGGCUGCAGAUCGGCGUCCAUCGACAGCGCCUACGGCACCCUCUCCCCCACCUCCAUCCAGGAGUUUGCUGAGGUGCAGCAGCUGGAGCCAGGGGUGGAGGAUGGGGGGCCCCCGCACUCGCAGCGUGCCCCCUCGCCCAAGCUGCGCCGCAGGACGCCCGUGCAGCUCCUGCCCUGCAAGGUGAAAGCGCUCAAGUCCAAGUCGGAGGCCAGCCUGCUGCAGCUGAUCCCAGCCUCGCCCCCUCUCGCCCAGAGCAAGAGCCUCUGCGACCUCUUCACGGCUCCGGGCCAGGCCACGUUCCUGGCAGGCCCCAGCCAAGGACUUGCACGGCGCGAGGUCCCGGCUGGCUUCCAGAGGACUAGCAGGGCGGGUGCCGGGAGCGGGGAAGCCCGGUCAGACGGCAGUAGCCGCGGCCUGAGCAUCUGCAGCAGCAGCAGCGGCUCCUCGUCAGAGCUCUCCGAGCCCGAGGAGCUGAUGUGUGCCGAGGGCUUUGCUUACCCAGCCGAGAGCAACGUGACGGCCCCUGCUGCGCCUGGGCAGGAAGUUCCCCCAGCAGGGCCUGAGGGGGCAUCUGCCCCGUGCCAGGCUCCCAGCACCGCCGUGACCGAGCCCCUUGCCCACCGGACACUGUCAGACCCGCAGGCGGCCCAGCACCGCAAGCUGACGCUGGCUCAGCUGUACAGGAUCAGGACCACCUUGCUCCUCAACUCCACGCUGACCGCCUCGGAGGUCUGAGAGCUGCAGGAGGCUCCAGGAGAGGAGCAGUGCUGCCAGUUCCGCCAACCCCUGACGAUGGAGCACGAGCGCCCAGGGCCCUGGGAGAUGUUAGGCCCCGAAAGCAGCGGCCAGCAGCGUGUCAAGGCUGCGUGUGGGUGGGAGAGAGACAGGGCGUAGGCGUGUGGACAGAGGGACGGGGGGUGCAUGUGCCGGUGCAUGUCUCUGUGGGGAAUGUGCGCAUGUGCCUGUGUAGGGGGGGAGUCUGUGUGUGGGGGGGAGUGUGUGCGCGUGUGGGGAGUGUGUGUGCAUGAGCGUGUGGGGCAUGUGUGCGCGUCUGUGGGAGUUUGUGCGUGUACGUGUGGGGCGUGCGUGUGGGGCGUGUGUGCGCAUCUGUGGGAGUUUGUGCAUGUACAUGUGGGGCGUGCGUGUGUGUCUGUGGGAGUUUGUGUGUGUGCGUGUGGGGAGUGUGUGUGCAUGAGUGUGUGGGGCAUGCGUGUGUCUGUGGGAGUUUGUGCAUGUGCGUCUGUGGGAGUGUGUGUGUGGGGCGUGUGUGCGCGUCUGUGGGACGUGUGUGCAUGUGGGACGUGUGUGCGUGUGGGGCGUGCAUGUGCAUCUGUGGGAGUGUGGCUGCGCGUGGGACAGACUCCAGGGAGCCGUGGCCUGGGUUCCUCGUGGAAGGGGGCUGCGCUGGUGCUGGCCCGGGAGCCUGUCCUAGGCCGGGGUGGGCCCGGAGCUGCGUGAAUCCCGGGAGCCGCUGCAUUGGAGCCCCUGCAGCUGCGCCUGAGAACUCUGGAGCUGAGGCCGGGCCGAGGGCGCCCCCUACAGGACCUGUUUCUCAGCUGUCAGUCGCUGUAGCAGAGCCCCGGAGUUGGGGCUGCCGGCCUGGGCGGUGCUCGGAGAGUUCCUGACAGUCAGUGAGCAGUAGGGUGACCAGACAGCAAGUGUGAAAAAUCAGGAUGGGGGUGGGAGGGUAAUAGGAGCCUAUAUAUGAAAAAGACCCAAAAAUCGGGACUGUCCCUAUAAAAUCGGGACAUCUGGUCACCUUAGUGAGGAGUGACCAAAUGCUGCCACCUUGUCCUUGGAGAGCCCUGGUCCAGAGGGCUCUGCUGGGCUUCUGAACUUGCCCAUCCUGCCGCAGGCCUGCUGACAACCCCCCUCCCCAGGGUCCGGCAGCGCAGGCUGGGGCUUGGGAGCUGGGUGUGACUGCAGCCUUCCAUGCACCGCUGGCCUGUUGCAGUGGGGGAGACACACAAGCCUGCGUCCCAUGCUGCCACAUUGCAUCAGGUUAAGCAAAAGCCAAAACACUGCAGCAAAGACCAGGGCCUCCCGCCUGGCUGGGACCCCAUUGUCGAGCUUCCCUGUGAACCGUCUGUGCAGUGAACUGUCUGUCGCAAGGGCUGCAGGGUGACCCCAGGCCCAGGCGAAGGAGCAGGGGGUUCUGAAUGCACUUUAGUUGCGGUAAGCUGCAUUUCCUGCAGCGGGGCACAGCACCAGUGCAGCCAGAAGGAAAGGGUCAGAGGGGAAUAGCCAGAGCUUUUCCCUUUCCCCUAAGCUCACAUGCCAUUGCCGGUCUGCGGCCUGGCCGCCCUGGGAGCUCUCCCGAGGAUGGCAGCUGUGUCCUGAAGGGGGUUGUGCUGCAGGAGCCAGGAGCAAAAGCCCCUUUAAAUUCCAUCCCCGGUGACCGUCCCACGAGAACGCGAGCGCUCGCACUGCAGCAAAGAGCUAGACCAGGGCAGCCCCUGCCCACCGCCAGCCACCACGGCUGCUCGGUCGGCUCCCUGCUGGGGUGAGUUGCUUCUCCCUGCUUGACCAAAGCCCCCCAGAUGUGGUUUUCCCCUGAGGCUAACGCCCCGGGGGGCGGCGUUGUUACCGAGGCAGUGGGCUGGGUGACUCAGGCACUGGCACCAGGAAGUUGCGAUGGGCUUACUGAGGAAGGGAUUGAAAUGUUGCAGUGGGUGAAGAGGGACGAGGGCUACAGUGAGAGGCACGGGCAACGGGGCGCUACCAUGGACGCUGCGCCCCGCUGGCCAUGGGCGUGGCAAGGUGGCAGGGGCUAGGAAGGCGGGGGAGGCCGGGGAGCAGGGGUGAUGUCAGACUGGGGAGGGGCCUGGCUGGAUGCAUCAGCUCCCAGCUCCAGCUGCCUGCUCCCAGCCUCGCCUUUCGGGGGGAAGGAAAGGCUGGGAGCAGCCUGGGGGCUGGGCCGCAGGGUCCCGCUCCUGCUGGCUGCCCAGCUCGGCUGAGGGUGCGCUGCUGCUGCAGGGGUGGGGCUCCCCACAUCCUGGGGGGCUGGGUCCUCCGAGCAGCCUGCGGCAAGCAGGAAGGGCUGUGUAUGGGGUGGCUAGCUUGGAGGUGUGGGGAGAGACCAAAGGAGCCUGUGGGGAACGGGGGGCCCCGGAGGGCCCUGUGCUGAAUAGUGUUCCCGCGGGUGGGAAGGGAGCGUUGGACCUGGCCAGUGCACACAGUGCUGGGGAGGGGGCAUUGCCAUGGGGGCCUUGCGUAGGCCUCACUCAGACCCCGCCUCGGGGCGCCGCUUUGGCCCCCAGAGCUGGUCUCUGGAGCGGCAGCAGGAGGCUUGUGCAGCGAGCGCUCACCCAGCUCUUUCCCCAACGCUUCCCAUGCAGCCCAGGGAGGGGGACCACUUCUCCUUCCUGGCUGGGCUCCCUGCGGCUGGGGCCAGGACUGCCUGGAUGGCAGCGGGCAGGGCACUGCUGGCUCGCUGGAGUUCGUUACACUUGGCUGCCAGCAGGCAGUGGAGGCUGCCGCAGAACGGCAGCAGAGAGUGGGAAGGGACCUGGGGCUGGGUGGCAGAUUGCUCUCCCGUCUGUCCCAGCCCCUGGGCACGCGCGCUCACCCCUGGAUGUGUGUAGAUAAAGUUGCAUAUUUAUUAAGCUUGGUGUUAAUUUUCUGAAGCUGCGUCCUGGCUGGCCUGCGGCAGGGAACAGCGCUGCCUCCUUUUCCGGCUGUCCUGGGGGGUGCAGGGCAGGAGUCCUCUCUUGGCUCUGGGGCUAGUCCGUCUUGUGCGUUGAACAUUAUCCCUGCGCUGGGCCAUUCCCACCGCCGCAGCCUCCCGGGCGAAGCAUUAAAGACCGUGCGUGUGCGCUCA